AUGCGCUUCACAUUAUUGGGGUCACUGUUUUUCCAGCACUUAAGAGAAAUGAAGGUCUGGAGGACUCUCAGACACCCUAAUAUCGUUGGGUCUAUUGGUUAUGCGAUAGAGAACCGAGUCUAUGGAGUUACUGCUGCUCUAGUAUCGCAAUGGUGCGCGAACGGCAGCGUUGCCAAGUACCUGCAGCGGAACACUACUGCCAAUCGUGAGAUGCUAGUGAUAUUCGACGUAGCUCGGGGGCUGCUGCACCUCCACAGUCAUAAUCCCCCUAUCAUCCAUGAAAAUCUGAAACCACGCAACAUCCUAAUCAACGACGAGGGACGUGCACAGCUGUGCGACUUCGGACUAUCCUAUGUCUUUGACGGUUUUCUGAUGGGGCAAACAUAUUUGAUCCAAGGAGAAACACUUCGAUUCCUGGCACCAGAAUCAUUAGGCUACCCUGAGGAAUGUUCGCGUCCUACCACAGAGAGCGACGUUUAUGCCUUUGGGUGUACGUGUAUGCAAGUGAGUGGGAGUGGUCAAAGAUUAGGUCGAUUGGAACUUAGCGUCGCGAAGAUUCUCUCUGAUCACCUACCAUACUACUGGUUACGAAGGGACAUUGAAGUUUUGAGGGCAAUCGAAGGCAAGGCGGCUCCUUGGAUCUGGCCCUAUUAA